AGCAUCCUGAACCAGGACUUCCCCGAUGAGGAGGAAGACGAUUUCAACCCAGCGCCUCAGGACGACAGUGACAAUGAAGACGACUCAAAGCCUGCAGUUGGAGACGAUGACGAAGAGCCCGCGCGAGGCCGGUCGCGAGCCCGAAGCGCGCCUGGAAAGUAUGAAGAUGAGAUGAAGGAGGAAGGAGACGAGGUUAAUGGCGACGACGAGGGCCAAGACGCACAUGACGACGAAGAGGACGAGGAAGACGAAGAAGAAGAUGAUGAAGACGAGGAUGAUGACAUUGGUCGACCAGCGAAGCGACGAAGGCAGAGGCGAAAUCAGUUCAUUGACGUCGAAGCCGAAGUCGACGAGGACGAUGAGGAAGAGCCGGAGGAGGAAGAUGAUCUUCCUGGGGAAGAGAUGCACCCGGAUGACCUUCAGGAAUUGCCACCGGGGGCGGACAAGGACGACCGCGCACACAGAGAGCUCGACAGAAGGCGAGAGCAGGAGGAAGCUAUGGACGUCGAGGAGACCGCCGCCCGGCUGAAGGAGCGAUAUGGCAGGCAACAACGUGCCACUGGCUCUGCAUCGGGCGUCAUCCCUCAACGCUUGCUUAUGCCUUCUGCGGACGAUCCCCGCAUCUUCGCUAUGCGAUGCAGACCAGGCAAGGAGCGCGAGAUCAUAUUCGCCAUUCAAAACCGGAUAGUCGAGCGACAGAGAUCGCGCGAGCCUUGUCAGAUCUUCUCUGCCUUUGAGCGCUCGGGCACUGUCGCCAUGGCUGGUAGAAUCUACGUUGAAGCACGACUCGCGGAUCAUGUCACGGCUGCACUCGAUGGUAUCACUAAUGUUUUCAUGGGUACCAAGCCUUUCAUGAUUCCGGUCGAAGAGAUGCCAGACUUGCUCAAGGUGAAGAAGAGUAAAGAACUUCAGCCUGGCAUGUACUGCCGACCCAAACGUGGACUCUACUCUGGCGAUCUCGCGAUGAUUGAAGAAGUAGAGGCAAACGGCACAGAAGUACAGCUCAAGCUUAUUCCUCGUCUGGACUAUGGCCUCACAGAAGAUGCAAAUGCCAUGGCAGCCGGCGCACUGGAGCCUGACGGUCAGGGCGGUAUGAAGCGCAAGCGAGUCCCCCCGCAAUUCAAGCAACGACCACCUGCGCGACUCUUCAGCGAAAAUGAUGCCAAGAAGAAGCACAGCAGGUAUCUUAGUCGUCCGGGUGGUAUUAUAACCAACAUAUGGACCUACCAGGGCAAGGAAUACGUGAACGGUUUUCUCGUUGAUACCUUCCGUAUUGCCCACUUGCAGACCGAGAACGUAAACCCAACACUUGAAGAGGUUACCAAAUUCGCUGCCAGCACCGAGGAUGGUACGGAGAAUCUCGACCUGGCUGCGCUCGCUCAGACAUUGAAGGCAAGUGCUGGUGCAGAUUACUUGCCUGGUGACAAGGUGGAGAUCUUCCGUGGUGAGCAGAAGGGCGUGACUGGUCGUGCCAGCGAAGUCUACAAUGACGUGAUCAAGAUCAAGGUAGACAGCGGAUCGUUGGCAGGCCAGGUUGUCGAAGCACCUAUUCGAGAUCUGCGCAAGAACUUCAAAGAGGGUGACCAUGUCAAGGUCAUAGGAGGCAGCAAAUACCAGGAAGAAGUCGGCAUGGUAGUCCGAAUCAAGGACGAUCGCGUCACCAUUCUCACCGACAGCAAUCAACAAGAGAUCAGCGUCUUUGCAAAGGACUUGCGCGAAGCCACGGAUAGUGGUGGUACUGUCGGCACGAGCCAGUACGAUCUCUUCGAUCUGGUGCAGCUAGACGCAUCUACCGUGGGCUGCGUUGUCAAGGUGGAUCGAGAAAGUCUGCGUAUUUUGGAUCAAUUGGGUGCAAUUCGCAACGCGUUGCCUUCCAGCAUAUCGAACAAGAUCGAGAAGCGCAGAGAAGGUGCACCUGCAGUCGAUCAACAAGGCAACGAGAUCAAGAACGAAGACAAGAUCAAGGAGUAUGGCGGUGAAGGUAGAGAGGGCAAGGUGUUGCACGUGCACCGAGGAUAUGUCUUUGCUCAGUCUAGGGAGCUGAGAGACAAUGCCGGUGUGUUCGUUGCACGUACCAACAACGUCCUGGUCAUGGCUGCCAAAGGUGGCCGCAUGGGAGGAGGUGUCGAUCUUACGAAGAUGAACACAGCACUCAAAGGACCAGGAGGCGCGGGAGGUGCAGGAAUGCCCCCACCAAUGCAGAAAGGUCGCGACAGGCUCAUUGGCCAGACUGUUCGAAUCAAAGUCGGCAACUACAAGGCUCACAAGGGUAUUGUGAAAGAGACAGAUGCCCACGGCGCCCUCGUCGAGAUUCAUGGCAAGACUAAGAAGCUCAACUUUCCAAAGGAGAAGCUGGCCGUGAUCCAUCCCACGACUGGCGAGAAGAUUUGCGAAGAUGCCAGCACAUUUGGCACGGGACGCGGUGCUGGUCCACCUGGUCGUCCUCCGCCAUCGGGCAUGCCGCCUGGAAGAGUUCCGACGUACGGCGUUCCACCAAUGGCCACUGGAGGUCGGACACCAGCUUACGCCAUGGGAGAUGGAGGCCGAACUCCAGUAGGACGAACGCCAGCUUGGCAAGGAUCUGGUGGUCAGACUGCCUACGGUGGAGGAGGCAUGACUUCGUAUGGUGGUCAAACUAGCUACGGCGGUGCGACCUCAUACGGCGGUGGAUCCGCUUGGGGUGGUGGAGGUGGUGCUGCGUCGACCUGGAACCCCAAUGCUGGCGGUGGCAGAACUCCAGCAUACAUUGCCAAUAGCGGCAGCAAGACACCUGCAUAUGGCGGCCUUGAAGCUCCCACCCCAGGAGCUGACUAUUCUGCUCCAACACCAGGUGCAACCUACACGGACCAGCCUACUCCAGGCGCAUUCAGAGGCGGUCAAUAUCAGACACCUGCGAAUUGCGCUACACCUGGUGGCUUCCCGGAAACACCUGCACCAUAUUCUGCGGAGACGCCUGCA